AUGGCUGCGACGAUAAAGGUUUAUAUUCCUCCCGAGGAUUAUCCUUCUCUUGAAGAGAUACGCAAAUCGUAUACAAACCACCAUCUCCCAAAAGCUACUAUCAACAAGAUAAGGUCGGACAUUCAGGCUAUGUACGAUGCAGGCGUACCAUUCUUCACGAGAGACAGCAUCCGCGAUGUUUACGAACAGCUGAAAGGGGAUUUGCGGCAAGGGCGGACAAUAUCAGUCAGAGGACUCGAUGGUGUUAUGGUCGACUAUGACAUCAAGGUCGGCGAUGCCUGGACGCGAAACGAAGAUCUGCCCGAGAACAUCGAAGAAGUUGUAGUUAAGCCUUAUAUCUUUUACGUAUCGGCAGAGUAUCUCCGAACAUACAUAUUUAGUGAACGCGAGGCAUACUGCAACAUGCGUAUAACCUCAGAUAUAGCCGAACGAGACAGAACUACAAAGGAAUUUAUAAAACCUGUCCCGUCCAGUGACAUUGUCAAAUCUGCCUUUAAGCAAGCCUUAGAGCAGUGGGAGUCAAGCGAAACUUGCCUAAAUUUGCAGUCAACGUUAAGCAAAAUGACCUUUCAUCCAGACCUCAAGAUCACCAAGAUUGUUGCAUUUGCAUGUGGCGAAAUUACAGGUCGAUUUUCAGAUGCCCCAAAUGAUGAGUUAGGAAAACUUUUCUGGGAGAAUUCGUCGGCCCAACACGCUCUGAUACUCACUUUACAGAAGAGCCUAAGCCACUUAUCUAAAGCUAAUCAGGCUAUCCAAUGCUUUAUGCAGGACCCUUCAUACACACCUCUCGACUCUGAGGUACUUGCAGAGUACGGAGUCAACACCCUGAACGACCCUGAAGGUUUCCUUGAGGUUGAUGACACAACUGUGAUCAUUUCCUGCGCUCCCGACAUCCCGGUAAAGGAGAUAAUCGUAGAUAUCGCGCGGCCCGCGAUGAUGUUUUGGGAUUUCUAUGAACAUAAACCAGAAGGGAGAGUCCACACGGAUCCAUGUUCUCCGCGCAUCAAGAAAUUCUUGACUACCCACUAUCAGGAAUCUGAGUUCCCUCUUGCCGUCAUAAGUGAGGAACAGGAAGAAUAG